GCAGCGAAUUACGGCAUUACAAUUGAUAUUCUAAAGCGCUUGAUAGCUAACUCCCUUGAAAUAUUUGGGCAACUAAUACUAUUAAAGCAACCUAAGAUUCUACCACUUGAGAAGCCGGAUUUGGGAACGGGAAAAGACCAGCUUAUCCUGAAAGCUUUGAGGGCAUCGCUAUUAGUUACAAUUCUGCCAACUGGUAGGGGGAAGAGCCUGGUUUUCAUAGUACCAGCUAUACUAUCUGGGUCUGGAGUAACGAUUAUGGUAGUACCGUAUACCGAGUUAAAGAGGCAGUUAGUUAGUCGCUAUACUAACGCUGGCUUAGACUGCAAGUAUUAG